AUGUCGGGACGCGACGGUAAUGAAUCUCGGUGAAGGGGCAGUGAUGGCGGGAAGGCUGCGGGCGGCCGUUGGCAGGGAUUUGCUGGUGGGAAGGCAGUGGGAGGGGGCGCCUCAUGGGUUGUGGGGCUGAGCGGGGAAAAGGUCUCGCUGGGAGGGACCGCGGCUUCGGGUCCCACUGCCAGCUGCGCGCCUUCUUCAACAACCCGGCCUUAAAUAACAGCAGCCACAUCUCCUGGGACCCACACGGCAAGGGGAUGGUGUUGGGGUCCGCUAAUCGGGCCCAAGCUGCCUUGGUCACUGAAAAGCCAAUAAAUGCCAUAGACAGAGGAGAUUUCCCACCAUCACUCGUUUAUUCAGCAGCGUAAAACAGAGCGGAAGGUCCGUAUAGUUAAAUCCAUGGUUUUUCCCAGUGGUGAUGUAUGGAAGUGAGAGCUGGACCAGAAAGAAGGCUGAUCACCGAAGAAUGGAUGCUUUUGAAUUAAGGUGCUGGAGGAGACUCUGGAGAGUCCCAUGGAUUGCAAGAAGAUCAAACCUCUCCAUUUUGAAGGAAAUCAGGCCUGAGUGCUCACUGGAAGGACAGAUCGUGAAGCUAAGGCUCCAAUACUUUGGCCACCUCAUGAGAAGAGAAUCAUAGAAUCAUAGAGUUGGAAGAGACCACAAGGGCCAUCGAGUCUAACCCCCUGCCAAGCAGGAAACAGGAGAAGACUUCCUGGAAAAGACCCUGAUGUUGGGAAAGAUGGAGGGCACGAGGAGAAGGGGACGGCAGAGGAUGAGAUGGUUGGACAGUGUUCUCGAAGCUACCAGCAUGAGUUUGACCAAACUGCGGGAGGCAGUGGAAGACAGGAGUGCCUGGCGUGCUCUGGUCCAUGGGGUCACGAAGAGUCGGACACGACUAAGCGACUAAACAACAACAACAAAACAGAUCGGGGAAGCCACACUCACCAGUGUGUUUGUGAAGCCACCCCAAACAGCCUUUGUUCAUACUUUUUAUAGGCAUGCCCCUCCCUUUUCCCCUUUCGAGGUUCCUUGCACUGAUCGAAACAGGACACCCUGCCUGGAGAUCUUGAAGGGGAGAGUUGCCCGGCAGAGGGAGAUUUUCCUGAAAAUCACCUAGCAACGUUAUCAGGUCUUGACAUAUUUGUGGUUCACCCUCCUAAAUUCUAAAGCAGGCAGUUUUUUACAGAAGCAAAAUGGCAUCAGUUAGGCUAACCAACAAAACAGGACAAGAACAGGCCUCUGGCUUUUCCUGAGACCCCACAAUGGCACCUGCAAUAUCCAAAAUCCUAAUAUUCAAAACCCCAGGGCCCCUCUCGCCUUAAGCAAAGAACAGUGGGAGCAUGGCAUAGGUUAUGAAACGGGUUGAUUUCUUAAGACGCCACAAGACUCUCUCCUAAUUGCCUGCCAUUGCCCCGGAGUCUGUCUCUUAUCACCUCUCUCUCUCUCUCCCUUCUCCCGCAGGUGGCAAGAAGAAACCUUUGAAACAGCCCAAGAAGCAAGCAAAGGAAAUGGAUGAGGUGAGAAACGUGUAAGGGGGUGUAGAGUGAAGGAAGGGUGGUGGUACUGUGGAGAAACUGUGAUUUAGGAAUACGGGGAGAGGAGAUGGUUGGUGAGGCAGCAUCUUACUAUGAGUAUUGUGGGCUCCACAUAACUGCUCUUCCAAUCCCUAAUAGCGUUAUCCGUGGUCACUCCAGAAUGAGCCGGCUAGACUACUGUGUGUUUUGUGCCGACAGCUGCUUUUUGAAAGGAGUGCCCUUCUCCCCUUUCGGAAGGAAAGAAGUCAGAGUUCAUUUUGACAUCGUUCGGUUGUCAUUGUGGAUUUAUAAUUCCGGUUCGUUGCUUUUUCACGCUGUUACUUACAAAUGUCCCAACAGGAAGACAAAGCGUUCAAGCAAAAACAGAAGGAAGAGCAGAAGAAACUUGAAGAGUUGAAGGCAAAAGCAGCUGGCAAGGGCCCACUUAGUAAGUGGCUUUCUCUAAAACUGUAUGCAAAUGAAGAAUUACCUUGAGCGAUCUGACUGCUGGGCAGACAUAGACGCUGGGAGGAGCUCAAGGUUAGGGAAAUAGGGCUAAUGUGCCAAGCCUAACAGAUCUAACAUGGUAGGUUGUUCACUGCUUUUAGAAACUUGUGCUUACACUUGCCUGUUUCCUAUUUAAUUUUAUUCUCUUCCGUGCCCUCCUCCCCAAAAUGCCUGAAGGCACCGUUGAUAGUAAAUAGCAUAACAUGUCGCUUGCCUCAUAACUCGAGUCUUGGGUAUCUCAAUUAACAAUGGGUCUCAUCCAAUGCUAGUCCUACUUAGAGUAGAACCACUGAAAUUAAUGCACACAACUAAUUCAAAUUCAUUAAUUUCAAUAGGUCUGUGCUGACUAAGACUAGCAUUGGAUUCAGCCAGGAUUAGACAAAUUCAUGGAGGUAAAUGGUUGCUAGCAAUGUUGGUUAUACUUUGUCUCCCCGACCGGAGGCAGGAAUGCUUCUGAAUACAACUUGCGGGAAACUGCAGGCUGGGAGAGUGCUGUUGAGCUCAGGUCCUGCUUUGUGGCUUCAAGAGGCAACUGGUUGGCUACUGUGAAGACAGAAUGCUGUGCUAGAUAGACCAUUGGCCUCAUCCAGCAGGCUGCUCUCAUGUUCUUAAUGCACUUUUUGUGGCAGUGUUCAAACACAAGGACAAGACCACGUGCAUAUACAGUAUGUCUCGCUGCCAUUCACCACCUUGUGCCUUACAGUUUGUAUCAUGCUGACGCUGAAUAAAGGUGUGGAUUUAUCGUAGCCUUGGUGGAACCUAGCUGCUGCUCCCACCCCCACCAUAGAAUACCUUUCCCUUCGCAAUAACUAUGCUAUUAGCCAUCGCUGUCGUGUAAUUUAAACACAGUGUUAAAGACAGUUUAAAAUGAGGAGAAAAGCAAUUUAUCCAAUGUGGUCCUUAGUAAGUCCAGGAUGAGAGAUGGACUUCUGGAUUUUGCUUCUAGUACCACAUGUUAACUCUCUUUCUUUCCUAAGCCUGAUAGUAAUGUAUUUCCUUUUGCAGCUGGAGGUGGGAUUAAGAAAUCUGGUAAAAAGUAGCAGAUUUGACGCGACUACGUGGCAACAAAAGCAUUCACUCUCCCUGGAUGCUUGGCACUAGGAUGGAUUUCCAGGCUGAUGUUGUGGGAAACAUUAAUUUGAGCACCUUUGUACAUUUCGUUCAAACAAAAUAAAUGGCGCUUUUUUUUUUUUUGGUUAAUGUCCGCUGAGUUUCUUUACUUGUGUCCUUUGGUUCCUGUGGUGGGUGAUCAGGAGAUAAGGCAGAAGUCCUCCAGAUAUUAAUGGACUAUGGCUCUCAUCAUUCCGCUUCAGAGACCGUGCAGAGUAUUUAUAUUGAGCAGCAGAAUAAAGAGAUAUCUAAUGAAGGGGCAUGCAAAACAGAAAAAGAGAGGAUCUCUUAAGGUCCUUAACUGUUUGUUAGAAGUGAGUGAGCUUGGACAAGUCUGGUUGGCUUCUCUGAUAAUAUAAGAACAUAGGAAGUUGUGUUAUACUCAUUGAGACCAUUGGCCCAUCUACUUCAUUACUGUUGACCCUAACGUGCACUGAGGGUGGGUGGGCUUACCUGGCUACAAGCUGGGGGUGGGGCAAGGGUCAGUAAAGAGCUGGUUCACUUCGGCCAGGGUCACUUUUUUUCCUUGCCAGGCCAGGUUCUUCUCUGGACUUCCUCAGGUUAGUUUCUCAGCGGGGUUUGGGGCUGCAGUGCGCCCUGCUUUGCUUCUUGCAGGUGGCACCUCUUCCACAGCUUCGGGGGUGGGAUGGGGGCCCUCUCCCUGGCACUGGAGAAGAAGAAGAAGAAGAAGAGGAAGAGUUUGGAUUUGAUAUCCCGCCUUUCACUCCCUUUAAGGAGUCUCAAAGCGGCUAACAUUCUCCUUUCCCUUCCUCCCCCACAACAAACACUCUGUGAGGUGAGUGGGGCUGAGAGACUUCAAAGAAGUGUGACAAGGCCUCUGUUCAUAUCUAGAGGAAAGUUCAUAAGUUGAAGCACCUACUGAAGGUCGUAACUGGGAUCGUACGUAAGUAGAGCCGUACGUAAGUCGAAGUUCUACUGUAUUAGCGAUGAGCAACGCCAAACCUUUGGAACCAACUGCUGGGCUAUGAUGACCCACCGCGAUCCGCGUUCCAAACUGGCUGCCUUGGCACCAUCGAUAUACGAUAUGCUAUACAAUAUCUUUAUUGUCAUUGUCCCAUGCAGAACAAUGAAACUGAAAAACUACAUCUUGAUACAAAGCAUAUAAAAUCUUAUUCUAAAACGGAUAGGCAGUUAUGAUUAUAUUUGAAACAAUUCUAUGAUACCACCCAGUUGUUCUCUUGGCAAGGCCCCAGUGCCAUGGUGUUUAGAAACCCCAGCAUACUCUCAGCAAACUUACCUACCCCUGCCAUAGCGAACCCAUUGAUCACAGGCAGCAUUAGGACUUAACAAACAGCCACCAUAGCUAGAAUCAGAUGGCAUCCGUCCAUUCCCCAAAUGCGCCAACUCAAUACCCUGCUACUGGGCAAGCUGCCCCCAUCUGGUAGGCUGGCUGCCCACAUCUGGUAGGUUGGGUGCUACCCAAUGAAUUCCAGUUAGUCCCUGGCCAUGACAGGUCAGUGGCAAAUCUGACCUCAGCACACAACUCUAGUUGAGCCCACCCCAUAACUCUGAUGGAUUCCCUCCAUCCCAGCCUGUAGGUCGUAUUGCGUUGGUCCCAGCAAAUCUCUCCAGGCUGUGAGAAGGCAUAACCAUCCCAUAUCUGUUCAGCGCGAUCCCACUUCCCGCUGCAUGCCUGUAGUUUGCGUCUUUCCCAUCAAUGGAGAAGACUAGAUCGGAGGGCAUCUCAGUGGUACAGGCGGUGCUAAUUUUCCUAGGGAAAUGUCAGCAUUUUCUCUUAUUGUUAUUUGCCUCCUUUUUUCUGGUCUGUUCUUCCUUGCUCCCCCAGUCCUGGGUGAAAUUUGUGUGCGACUGAUUUCUUUGUUGCAUUUUCAGUUGGGUGAGCAGAGGCAGGAGUGCUCUCAUAUGUGCUCUUCUUGCUAAAAACACACAGUCCAAAUUGAGCCAGAGAUGGCUGCAGUGGGUGGAUGAGGUUAUAUUUGGAGCAAUGAAAGUCCCUUUUGCCCUUCCGCCUGCCUUUAAGAGGGGAUUAGAUUCUAUUGAUGCCACCUUAUUUCGCUUUAGCUCAGCAUUUUAAGAGAAGCCUUCAGCAGAGGUGAAGGAAAAAACUUUGGAAAUCUGGUUAUUCCAAAUUCUUCUACUUUUUGUUUUUACUGCCCCCCCACCAGCAACCUGCUGCUUCAAAGGCUGCAAAGUUUCUCAGCUACGUUUUUGGUGAUCUGUCUUUUGUUUUGUAAAGUACUGUUUUGUUUUCCAGAAUAUGGUUGUAUUCUCAGGCACAAGCGUUUGAAGGCGGGGAUUUCAAAACAUUUAUGUUUUCGGUUCUGAUACCAACAUUUACUACUAUAAAUUAGUAGAAAUUUAGAAAACAUCUGAAGGCAGCCCUGUUCAGGGAAGUUUUUAAUGUGUGACAUUUUGAUGUAUUUUUAAUCUUUGUUGGAAGCUGCCCAGAGUGGCUGGGGAAACCCAGUCAGAUGGGUGGGGUACAAAUAAAUUAUUAUUAUUAUUAUUAUUAUUAUUAUUAUUAUUGAACAAUAAAGAUUUUUUAAAAAAAUGUUUUGUCAAAACUGAGAAAGGACAAAGGGACAGGAUAUCCUCUGUUUCUCCAGCAUGGUGAGGAGAGAGUACACAAGAGCAUAUUGGAAGACGUGAAUGCAUCUGUGAACGUAUGUCAUGGGAAGAGAAUUUUCUGUCAUGUCCUUCGAAGGCCAGACUCUCAUGGGAUUCUGGGCUGAGUGACAGCUCCUGCUUUUUCCUCCAGCCAGGAGCCCGCAGCGUAACAAGCGCGUACCCUCGAACAUUUCUCCAUGAAAAUAGGGACGCCCAGAGGAAAAAUGGGACAUUCCAGAAUCAAAUCAGAAAGCAGGAUGGCUUCUGUAAAUCCGAGACUGUCCCUGGAAAACAGGGACACUUGGAGGGUCUGCGAAACGUUUCCUUUGAGCAUGCCAAGAGCGCCUUUCCCGCCCUCGCGUGCCUUAGGCGCCCUCUCCUCUGGGAUUAGCAAAGCCCGAGCUCCAGGCCUCUAAUUUUAGAAAUUAAACCGGGAGCGGGCGGAGUGGAGGCGCUGGAGGAAGCGGAGGCGCUGGCGGCCCGACGGGGACGCACAGACGGGCGGAGGUGGCUGCUUGCUCUGCGGCCGCCAGAGGGCUCUUGCGGCGGCUGCUCGGCUCUCCUCGUCGGCUCAGGCCUGGGUUGCGCUUCCUAGGUCAGGGUCUGCAGCUGCUUCCUCCGUUGCGAGCCCGGAGAAGUCGGUGCGCCUUUUGGAGAGGGAAGGCGCCUUUUGCGCACGCCGCGCUCCGGAGACGCCACCCGGGGACCCCCAGAGCCGCGCCUGCUGGGCGCUGGGGGGGUGACCCCCCACCCGUGCGGUGGAGGCAAGCCGGGGAGCCUCCCUCCGAGGGGGCUCCCGCGCGUGUGACCCCCGAAGGCGACGCGGUUUGUUGCUGCCACUCUGGACCCCCUUUGAGUUGGGCACCCAAGGAGGGAGAAUCGCCCACUGGCAGGUUAGCGGCCACGGCAGUGGGUGCGCGGGUGGGUUCAAAAGGGGUGUCAGCGGGGGGGGGGGGAGGCGGGAGAAGGAAGGGGGACAAACGCCGGAGUCGAUGCAGCGAGGGGGGCGGCUAGCUUGGAAAGCGGAGUCCACUCCGAAGUCAAGUCUCCGUCCGAGGGCCUCGAGCCCAGGUAACGCUUGCUUGCAACAUCGCAGUGCGAUUUUGCGCACGUCGUCUGUUAAAAAGAGGAGACUCGACGGCCAGAUCAGCGUGCCUGGGGUGUAGCCUGAGCGCGAUUCUCUGCCUGUCUGCACAGGCUUGGCAAAUGUGGCGCAGAUAAGCCUAGUGGCCCCUUGGGGCAUGCUGUCGAGAUGGUUUAAUAGAAUUGUGGAGUUGGAAGGGACCCCGAGGGUCAUUUAAUGCAACCCCUUGCCAUCCAGGAAACUCGGCUAAAGCAUCCACGACAGAUGGCUAUCCAACCUCUGCUUAAAAUCCUCCAAGGAAGGAGAGGGAGGGAGACCGCAUCACUGUCGCGUCUGAAAGUUAUUUCUGAUGUUUAGUCGGGAUCCUAGUACUUGAAGAAGCAACUCUCCCUAUACCAGCCUCCCUCUUCACUCCCUCUUCAGGGGUGGUCUUCUAGUCGCAUUAUGGGAGGAGAUGCCUCAGGUGGUCUUCCCUGGAGGAGUGCCCCCCUCCAUUUAUUGAAGGCCUGCCCCUCUCAGUUACGUUUGGGCUGACUUUGCAUCAGUGGCGUAGCGUGAGGGGUGCAGGGGGGGCCGGCCGCACCGGGCGCAACAUCUGGGGGGCGCGCGCUCGCACUCGCAGCUCUCUGCCCCUACCUGGCUCACUCACUCUCUCUCACUGCAGUGCUGGCUGUGCGAAUCCGAUCCGAGCCGCUGGGUCGCCGCCCACUGUGGAGGGGGUGGGUGCCAGGCGUGCGGUGCGGAGAGAGCGCGAGGGACUAUCUGGGGGAGGGCCGCCCAGCGCAGCGCUGAGCGCGGGAGAGAACCACACCAGACCAGACCAGCCCAGGCAGCAGCAAGAAGAAGCUGGCAGCGGCGGCAGGUUAGGGGUUAGGGGGCGCAAAUUACUUGCCUUGCCCCGGGUGCUGACAACCCACGCUACGCCACUGCUUUGCAUUUUGGUCCCGCCUGAAAACAUUACCACUUCACCCAUGUUCAGUAAGGGAGUUUACUGAAACAAUAAGCUGAAUUGUUAAGUUGUGAUACUGCCUGCAGGUUUCUUUCAAGGCGGUUUUGGCAUCGUGAGUGGCGCGUUUGUGUCAGUUCUGAUAUUUCCGCCUGCUCUCAUCAUUUCGUGAAUUGUAUUGUUUGGUGGUUUUCUACGCAACUCACCCCCUGGGAUUGUUACUGGAUGAAAGGAAGGAUAGAAAAAUUGGUAAAUGGAUCUGGAGCCGUGUUCAGGCAUUAUACUCAUGGGUAGGUACAGAAUAGCCCCCUUGCCGUGGACACUGUGCGCAUCAAGGCGUCCCACCUUCUGGUAUUCACAGUAUGCAAACAUCUGCAUGUGCCAAAGCCCUGCAGAUGUUGUGCUGUGUGCAUGGAUGCUGGGGAGAGAGGGGUUAAUCAGCAUGCAUGGUGUCAGAACUACAGCUACUCAGGGUAACUCUUGCACCUUGCUUGUGUUGUUGACUUAUUUGUGAGCAUAACUCCUGGAAUAGGACUAGGGAGCAGUAGUUAUUCUGUUUUAGUUAACCUGGAAUAGAAAAGUGCCGUGCAUCUGGCUUCAUAUGAGUGAACUCAUGUAUGCAUUUCAUGCUGCAACUCUGAGUAUGUUUAGUUUUAUUAUUGGAGCAUUUAUUUUUCCGCCGCUUGAAUGUAAUAAAACUUCAACGUGGUUUGCAGAAAGAACAAAACGAUAAAAUUGCCAGUAUGAAACAGUUAAAAUAUUAAAACAUUAAAAAUAUAAUUGAAAUUAACAAUAAGCUAAAAACACAUGUCCUUUACUUGGAAAUGAAGCUGCGUACACACACGCUACCUGUAAGGAAUAUUCUUUCCCUCAGUGAAUUCUGGGUGCGGUAGUUUACCCCUCGCAGAGUUACAAUGCUCAGUGACCCUUAACAAACUACAGUGCCCAGAAUUCAUUGGCAGGGGAAAUGCCAUUUGUAAUUUAAAGGUAUAGUGUAUACGCAACCAUACUUUGUCCUCAUUGUUAUAGAUGCAUCACAGUGUGGGGAAUAUGUCCUUGUGGUGCUAUGGACUCUCUGUUCCUCAUCUGAAGACCUUCUUUAUGUGCCUCCUCCACAUGAGGUCUGGAUGGUGGCAACACACAAGCCUUUUUUGCAACGACUUCCUGUUUGUGAAAGGUUCGGCUGGUGCCUUCAUUACAGAUAUUUAGGUACCUGGCAGAAACAUUCCUCUUCAACCAGGCCUUUGGCCGAUUCAUAUUCUACAGCCUUUUAAAUGUGUUUUUUAAAAAUGAAUGAAUGGAUGUAUUUUUUUUUUACUGUUUUGUUUUUAUUUUAUGCUUUUACCCUGUAUUUUUAUCUUGCGAACCAUCCUGAGAUCUUUCAAGCGAAGGGCAAUAUAUAAAUAAUAGUAAUAAUAAUAAUAAUAAUAAUAAUAAUAAUAAUAAUUUAUUUAUACCCCGCCCAUCUGGCUGAGUUUCCCCAGCCACUCUGGCACUCUGGGCAGCUUCCAAUUGAGUGUUAAAAACAAUACAGCAUUGAAUACUAAAAACUUCCCUGAACAGGGCUGCCUUCAGAUGUCUUUUAAAGAUAAGAUAGCUGCUUAUUUCCUUCACAUCUGAAGGGAGGGUGUUCCACAGGACGGGCGCCACCACCGAGAAGGCCCUCUGCCUGGUCCCCUGUAACCUCACUUCUCGCAGUGAGGGAACCGCCAGAAGGCCCUCGGCGCUGGAUCUCAGUGUCCGGGCUGAACGAUGGGGGUGGAGACGCCCCUUCAGGUAUACAGGACUGAGGCUGUUUAGGGAAAACCCACCUGAUUUGACUCUUCCUGCAUUGCAAAGGCGUGGGCUCACAUCUCGGUGGAGCAGCUCCCAUACCAAUCUGGGCACGAGUAGCGAAGGUCUCUAAAUCUGUGUCAAUAUGCAUAACAUGAGCAUUCAACGUAAGUGACUCUGACUGAUCUUUUAUUAUGAUGCUUCUGCAGGUACCGGGAGCCACGCAGAAGAGGAUACAGUGCCAUGGAAGACGGUUUGCAAAGCCCGUUCCUCUGAAAGGCCCGCAAGAUGCUGA